UUUGAAGAAGAGAACCCUUCUGUCACAUUGUUCAGAGACUUCCUACGUGUAAGGACAGACCAUCCUACACCAGACUAUGAAGCAUCGACUACUUUCUUGGUUGAAAGAGCCAAGCAGAUUGGACUACACUAUGAGGUCUAUAGAGAUACAGGUUCACCAAUUGUUAUAAUGAAGAUCAAUGGAGAAGACCAAUCACUCCCAUCCGUUCUCCUGAAUGCACAUGUGGACGUCGUGCCCGCUGUUAAGGAGUUGUGGAAGGUUGAUCCAUUCCAGGCAUUCAAGGAUGACAAUGGCGAUAUUUAUGCAAGAGGCACUCAAGACAUGAAAUGCGUUGCCAUCCAAUUCCUCGAGGUGGCGAGCCGCUUCAUUCAGAAGGGUAUCCGUCCUAGAAGGAACCUUUACCUUACCUUUGUUCCAGACGAGGAGAUUGGUGCUGGCAAGGGAAUGGAACUAUUUGUAAACACUGACAAGUUCAGAGAGAUGAACAUUGGAAUGGCCAUUGACGAAGGAUUGGCCUCACCAACCGAGGAGUUUACAGUAUUCUACGGAGAGCGUGCUAUUUGGUGGGUACACAUCACUGCCGAGGGCAACACAGGACAUGGAUCAAGAUUCGUAGAGGGAACCGCUGUUGAGAAAUUGAUGAGAACAAUCAACAAGAUGCUUCAAUUCCGUCAAGACCAGUUCAAUGAGUUGCAUAGAGGACACCAUGAGUGUGGAAAGAAGCUUGGCGAUGUGACAACUCUUAAUCUCACCGUCCUAAAGGCUGGCGUCGGCGAAGGACCCUUCCCCAACUACAGCUACAAUGUCAUCCCAACCAAGGCAGAGGCAGGAUUCGACAUUAGAAUACCACCAACCGUUAACCUUCAAGAGUUUAUGCAGCAGAUUAGAGACUGGACUGCAGAGGAAGGAUUGUCCUUCCAGUUUGCAGACUAUGCUGAGAAGAAUGAGUUGACCGACAUUAAGAAUCCAGACCUCAAGUGGUGGACCACAUUCCAACAGUCAUGUUCUGCAAUGAAUGUCAAGCUCUGUCCAGAGAUAUUCCCAGCUGCUACAGACUCAAGGUUCAUCAGGAACUUGGGUAUUCCUGCAUUUGGAUUCUCCCCAAUCAACAAUACUCCAAUUCUACUGCACGACAACAAUGAGUUCUUGAACGAGGCAACGUUCCUGCGUGGCAUAGACAUCUAUGAACGUCUAAUUGGCGAUCUCUCAAACAUGUCAUAA